AUGGCGAACCAGACGAUUCUUCUUGAUUGCUUGCCGAGUAUGUUCGGUAUGAGGGCGAGAGUCGCAUUGAGAGAGAAAGGUGUUGAGUUUGAGUACAGAGAAGAGGAUCUCAAGAACAAGAGCCCUUUGCUUCUUCAGAGUAAUCCGGUUCACAAGAAGAUUCCGGUCCUGAUCCACAAUGGUAAACCGGUCUGUGAAUCUCUCAACGUUGUUCAGUACGUAGACGAGGUUUGGUCCGACAAGAACCCAUUCUUCCCUUCUGAUCCUUACGGGAGAGCUCAUGCUAGAUUCUGGGCUGAUUUCGUGGACAAGAAGGUCAGUGAAGCACAAUUCAAGAUCUGGGGAAAGAAAGGUGAGGAACAAGAAGAAGGCAAGAAGGAGUUUAUUGAAGCACUUAAGAUUCUUGAAUCUGAGCUUGGAGAUAAACCUUACUUUGGUGGAGAUAGCUUUGGCUAUGUAGACAUAUCCUUCAUUGCAUUCUACUCUUGGUUUCAAGCAUACGAGAAGUACGGUAACAUCAGCAUCGAACCAGAGUGUCCUAAACUGAUCGCUUGGGGCAAAAGGUGUAUGGAGAAAGAGAGUGUCUCUAAAUCUCUCACUGACCCUGAGAAGAUUGUUGGAUACGUUGCUGAGUUUAGGAAGAAUAAUCUCGGAUCUGAAUAA